GAGAGGCACCAGAAAGCACCAUGAAUCUCAUGCUGGUUGCGCUGCUCAGUGUGUGCAUCUCAGCCCUCAGAGCCCUUAAAGUGUACCAGCCCUACCGGAUCCACGGCAGAGAUGGGCAGCUCCAACUUAACUGCUCCUACCACCUGCGUGCCAGGGUGGAGGAGGUCCAUGUGACGCUGUACCGAGGCAUGCAUGGUGACCAGAGGGUCUGCAGUUCCACCCUCAACCACACCACCUCUUGGCAGCCCCUUCAGGACCAACAGCAGGGUCUCAUCAGUUGCAUGGCAGAGCUGAGGCCGUCCAGGGUGGUCCUCCUCAUCUCUGGUCUGCAAGUGGAGGACACCGACUUCUACCGUUGCAUGGUGGAGGUCUUGUACCCACCUCCUUAUCAAAGGGGCAUUGGGAAUGGGACUCUGCUCCACAUCCAAGAGACACCCAGCUGCCCCGAGCCCGAGCCCGAGCCCCAGAUGAAGGACAGCACAGAGGACCCCACGGUCCUCAUUCCCGCCGCGAUCAUCGCGGUGAUCAUCAUCUGCAUCGUUAUCAUAGUUGCGGUCAUCGUCAAGACUGUCAGAGUCGGCGGUAUGAAAAGGGAUUACCUCGGCGUCGCACGUGUGGCCGCAAGGAGGGUGGACUGCAGAUUCGGCUAUGAGAAUUUCCUGUAGAGUACUUAACGCACAAGCUGAAACAGAAAGAAGAAAAGCAAGCCGUCUCGCUGUGAACAUUAUAUGUUUCUACCAUACAUGAACUGAACUAAACUUUACAAUGUAAAGCUAUGUUAAGUACAGGUGAUUUGGCAAAGUGCAAGUUUAAUAUUAAAGACGACGGAGAAAAUGACUAAAGGGAUAUUCCAGUGCGCUGCGUACAAUGCAAAAUGGUGUGGUUGCCGGGGAGGGGUGUUGGUAAUAUUUUAUGUCAUUGUUCAUCAUAUGAAUAGACGCAAAAGUUAGAAUCUUAUUGAAGACAACCUUAUGUAGCAGGGAGGGAGCUGUCGUGGGAGCCGUCUGCAUGUGGCUUACCUUAUGCCUUCGCUUCUUGCUGUGUAAAUAUCCCUGCAGCUGCAGCUCUCCGGCUCUGUGCGCGUUUAUACUCGUAACGACGGUAAGGGUCAGGGAGAUUGGGGCACCACCCCGCUUACGGCUGCUUCCAUAGCCAAUCUUAUGACGAAGUUAUCGUGAAGGACACAAGGGCGUAGAUAUGGGGAGGGACAGUAUAGGAAGAGCAGGGAUAGGAGUGGAGCACGAAUAUUGCGGGAGCAGGAUGUGUGUCAAUGCUGAAGCCAAACCUACGCCAAUGGAAGGAUGAGAUGGUUUUUGCUAUACUGUUCCGGAAAGAUCCUUCACGAGUGGUGAUUUCUGAAUAUAACCUCGCAUUACGCUGUUCUGAUGACACAAAGCUUGACGAGCAGGGUCAGUUAACUCACUGUAAAUAUUUCUGAGACUUUUUUUUUUUUUUUUUUUUUAAGAAAAAUUCUUUAAUAAAAACAACAGAAUGAU